AGGCAUGUUAACUAAACCAGACCCAUAGAGCCGCAAACAGAGACAUUUAGAGACAAGUUUAACUGCCUUUGAAUUUUAAGAGCAUUGAGACAUCAAAAGUUGCGUUACCUGUUUUUCUGAGACAAACUUUGUGUCAAAGAGGAUCAGAAGAAGAAUUCAGAGAAGACAAGAGCGAGGUGGACUUUUCUUGAGUUGAGCCAUGGACUGGAAGACUUUCCAAGCCCUACUCAGUGGAGUGAAUAAAUUCUCCACUGCGUUUGGUCGCAUCUGGCUCUCUGUGGUUUUUGUGUUUAGAGUGAUGGUUUACGUUGUAGCUGCGGAAAAGGUUUGGGGUGAUGAGCAGAAAGACUUUGACUGCAACACAAAGCAACCGGGCUGCUCGAACGUCUGCUACGACCACUACUUUCCCAUAUCCCACAUCCGUCUGUGGGCCCUGCAGCUCAUCUUCGUCACCUGUCCAUCACUGAUGGUGGUCAUGCAUGUGAAGUACCGUGAUGAACGUGAACGCAAGUAUCGUGCCAAGCAUGGUGAAAAUGCCAAGCUCUACGACAACACUGGAAAGAAACACGGUGGACUUUGGUGGACCUACUUGAUCAGCCUUUUUGUUAAGACUGCCAUAGAGAUCAUCUUCCUGUAUAUCCUCCAUUACAUCUACGAAAGUUUCGACAUGCCUAGGUUGGUGAAGUGUGAAGUCCAACCAUGCCCAAAUGUUGUGGACUGCUACAUUGGCCGACCCACAGAGAAAAGGCUCUUCACUUACUUCAUGGUUGGAGCUUCAGCACUGUGCAUUGUGCUCAGUGUUUGUGAGAUUAUCUAUCUCAUCUCCAAACGCAUCAUUCUCUGUGCCAACAUGUUUAAAAGGCAUCACGGAAGCAACACACUGCCUCACGGACGAUACAGAGAUGAUGACAGUAACAGCACUGUUCCCAUGCACAAGCUGGACAGUACACAUGAGUAUAAACCUGAGUCUAAUACAAAGUUUGGGUAUGAGUAUAAACCAGAAUCUAAACCACAGUUUAAAUCUGAGCUCAAGCCAACCUUUAAACCAGCUUAUAGGCAGAGUGUGGACAUUAGAGCUUCUGCUCCAAAUCUCUCAAUACCUAUGUAUAAAAAACAAUCAGAUUUUUCUGGAGGCAUAAAACAGGCUUCAAACCUAAGCCCUCAUGACUCCAAGAAACUGCCAGUCUUGGAUCUUUGUCAAUUUGAGAAAGCUUUACUCCAGAAUUACCAGUGAUUAAGUGUCUCGCCCAUUGGCACAGUGAUGAUUAACUUCCUGUGUCACUGCUACCUGUGAUCAAACCUGGUGUCUUGAUUACCAGCCUAGUUAUUUAGGCUCCAACACAAGCUCAAAGUACUGCCUUAAUGUUACCAUGAUUCUGAAUGAUGACUGAUGGGUUUUUCAGUGGCUGCUACAAUAUGGCAUACAGAUAUUAUAGCAAUAAAUAUGUGAUAUAGGCUAAUACAUACCGUGGGGUGGUUUUCAGCAAAUACUGAUACUCUCAAAUUGGUCAAAUAUUGACUACUUUAUCUGCCAAGUCAAUAGAUUGUAUUUUGGUCUAUCACUAAUUCAAAAAAAGUUUAACUUAAUUAAUGUUCGUCUUAUUUAUUCUUCCCUCUGUAAAGUAUUCCUUACAUAAAGAGAACAAAGGUGAAACCCAUGAAAAAGCUGUGUUAUCAAAUAACCAGGAAUGCAUUCACUAAGAACACACCUUGCGCAAACCCCACCUUCACAAGCACACAAAAAGAUACUGGAUGGAGGAAGUGUGGAGCUGCACUGAAUGUGAAAAUAUGUAAAUGGUUCACAAGUUUACUGAAACUUUGUGUCUCAUUUGCUCAUGUCUUAGUAUUUGUUACAAAGAUCUGGGAAAAAAGGUUUCAUAGUUGAUAUUCAUCAACAAUCACACAUGGAUGGACUCUCUCUGAACUCAAAUUCAAACCUCUGCUGAAAAAACAACAAUGGCCUCAUAAUAUGGUAAAUCAAGAAAACAUGUAACCUCAUCUGUUUUACACUGCUGGUGUAAGAGUUGAGGCUGGCUUUGUUCAGACUUGCUCGUUAUGAUCAGAUAUGACAUUUUUUUAGCUGGGAUUGGUCCUACACAGGGUGCCUUUGUAUCAAAAAGUGAAUCAACGCACUGAAACGUACGUUUUCAAGUUUUUUUUUACAUGCUACUAUUCAUUGUUUUUCAGAAAAAUGGAAGACAAAAAUGUAAAGAGGUUCUUGUCUUGUAUGACGUUUACUAAAAGCGUGACCGUACAGUGUUGUAAAUGCUGGAUUACUUUUAAAUCAAGAAGUUUUAAAAGUUGUGUUUAUUUUGAUACAGUAUGAAUAAAGUAUAUAUAUAUAUAUAUAUAUAUAUAUAUAUAUAUAUAUAUAUA